CACCAUCUCUGCUUAUAAAAUUUUCCCCAAUUUCGAAAACCCUAAUUUUCUCUCUGCAUACGUUUCAUUCAGUUUUUUAAUGGCUUCUCGUCUUCUCAGUUUUGGCCCCACCGGAAUCCACGCUUCCGCCGUUUCUGAUCAUGACCGCCGGAAAAGUACUUCGUCGUCUUCCUAUGCUAACUGGUGGGCUCCACUUUUUCGAGUUUCAUCUGAGCCGGAUUACAUUGGAUCCGAUAAGAAAUCGGAGGUCACGGAGAGAAGAGAGGGCGGAUCGGAAGCGGAUCCGCUGCUAAAUAUGGCGAGAUCGAAGUUUUACCCCGGUUGCUUUACGGAGAAGAAGGCGAAGCAACUCCGAUUGAUGAUUACCAACUCAUCGUCGUUUCAUGACGUUAUGUACCACUCGGCGAUAGCUUCUCGACUCGCCUCUGACUUCAAAGGUCGAUCCGAUCUAUGAGUGUCAGGCAAGUAACUGAAGUCAGAGCUAUUAAAACCAAGUUUCCGUUAAUUUUUUUCUUUGUCUUGAAUUUUUGAAGGGGCUGAAAGAAACUGUUAACUGAUGGAAAAAAAUUCCAAUAACCAUGUUUAUUCAACAUUUGAAAUAAUAUAGAAUCGUUUUUCAAGA